CUUCUAAAAAAAGAAAAGUCACGUGAUAGCUAACGUCAACAUUUCCUCAUAUCCGCCAUCUUCCUCCGCCGCAUGCUUUCUCGUCUGAUUGUGGAACAGGUUACAUCAUGAAUCAAGAAAAAUUAGCCAAACUUCAAGCCCAAGUCCGAAUAGGAGGCAAGGGCACAGCACGUAGGAAGAAGAAGGUUGUGCACAGAACGGCAACUGCUGAUGACAAGAAACUGCAGAGUUCUCUGAAGAAACUUGCAGUCAAUAACAUUGCUGGUAUCGAGGAGGUGAACAUGAUCAAAGAUGACGGCACUGUGAUCCACUUCAACAACCCCAAAGUGCAAGCGUCUUUGUCGGCCAACACUUUCGCCAUCACAGGCCACGCUGAGACCAAGCAGCUCACAGAGAUGCUCCCGGGCAUCCUCAGUCAGCUGGGAGCAGACAGCCUCACAAGCCUGCGCAAACUGGCGGAACAGUACCCGCGGCAAGGCCUUGACAACAAAGCACCAAAGGCAGAAGAUAUUGAGGAAGAAGAUGAUGACGUCCCAGAUCUCGUGGAGAACUUUGACGAAGCUUCGAAAAACGAGGCGAACUGAGUCCCGUCACGUUUUUGAAUGGGACUGCAAUUUCAAGUCGUGGCUUGUCAAUUCAGUGUUUUUAAUUUAGAUGAACGUGACAUCAUUUCAAUGCUAUCCAGCAAACCAGAGAGACUUUUGUAUUGUGACCGGAAGUCUGACCCAGAUUAUCCUCUUCAAAAACGGUCUUAUGCACUUAAAAUAAAGACCACGCUAUAGUCGAAAAGGGGGGAUUGUGUUACGCUAUUCCUGAAGAGCUGGGGUGUGGGGGGUUUAGUGCACCCCUCUUCUGAUUUGAUGGUAGAAAUAGUUUGGUGAGAGAAAAGGCUGGCGCUUAUUCAGGCCUUAAUUGCUUGGAGACUUGAAGGUUACCCAGAAAACCAGCACGCUGCAGUUGUCCGGGAAUAGGGUGCCCUUCCUUGGCCCAAUUAACGGUUCAGUACCUUUUACCACAUUGCCAGUCUUGAUUGCAGUGGUUAUGAAAUGUAGUCUUAAUUAUUAUGUUUAUUUUUUUUUGGUUUAUGAAACACAAUAAAACUAAUUAACCUUU